AGAGCCCCUUCACAUCAUACUCCACACCCAGCAGGUCCUGGGGGUCCCCUGCCCUCCCAGCUGGCAGUCCCUCCUGCGGCCUCACCACCCUCUGUCCUGCUGUACCACCAGGAGGCGGCGAGGAGGAGCCAUGUUCCUGAGCCCUGGUGAGGGGCCUGCGGCUGAGGGUGGGGGGCCGGCCCCCUGUGAGGAGGCCCCCAAGAAGCAGCACCGGAGGAACCGCACCACCUUCACCACGUACCAGCUGCACCAGCUGGAGCGGGCGUUCGAGGCCUCCCACUACCCGGACAUUUACAGCCGCGAGGAGCUGGCGGCCAAGGUGCACCUACCGGAGGUGCGGGUGCAGGUGUGGUUCCAGAACCGUCGGGCCAAGUGGCGGCGCCAGGAGCGUCUGGAGUCCGGCUCUGGGGCUGUGGCAGCCUCGAGGCUCCCCGGGGCCCCAGCACUGCCCUUUGCCCGCCCUCCAACCAUUCCACUGCCUCUGGAGCCCUGGCUGGGCCCCGGGCCCCCUACCAGGCCAGGCCUCACUCACCUCCUGGGCCCAGCCCCAGGGCUGCAGGCAUCCUUCGGGCCUCACGCCUUUGGUCCGGCCUUCAUGGAAGGCUUCACUCUGGAGGAGGCAUCCAUUCGGUUUCUGGCCAAGGAGCACGCACAGGCUCUGGACAGGGCCUGGCCAUCGGCUUGAGCCUGGUGCCGACCAGUCUCCCUCUUCGGCCAGUCCCGAGGGCCUGGGGUGACAGAUCUCGGCCAAGGUCACGGAGCAGCCCACCAGCAGGCCGGUCUAUCAAUGAGGAAGGAGGCUGCCCAUCCCCACCCUCCGUCUGUGGCCACCAUGCCAGGUCCGCACCCCGCCGCACCCUGCCUUUCCGGGAGACUGGAUAGGAGGCGGCCAUAGGACUUUCAGGCCAGGGAGGCGAGGCGGGUUCUGGGUGGCCUCGAGGGCAUCUCUGCCCCUCCUUGGGCCUCAGCGGCCCGUCUAAGGGAGGUGUGUGGGUGGGUGGAUUCGGAGACUCUGAGACUGUAAGGCUGGAAUCGGGAGCCACCAGGACCUGA